CUCUCAAUAUAAUUGACAAUAGAUGAGAAAUAACUCUCACAUAGCUAUUGGUCUUAUUAACCUAGAAUAAUACAGUCCCUACUCUUCAGCCUUAAUACUUCACUGAAAGAAAUAGUGAGCCAACAUGGAAGGAUCAAUACACAUACAGGACUAAAGAAGAAAAGAGAGGGUUCCCACAGUGCCUCAUUGGUAAUAAACACAACUGGUAUCCAUGAGGAUACAGGUUCCAUCCAUGGCCCUGCUCAGUGGGAUGAGGAUCCAGCAUUGCCAGGAGCUGCAUUGUACGUCACAGAUCUGGCAGAUGUGACUUGGAUCGGGCAUUGCUGUGCCUGUGGUAUAGGGAGGGGGCUACAGCUCCGAUUUGACCCCUAGCCUGGGAACUUUCAUACGCUGUGGGUACAGCCCUAAAAAGACAAAAGAAAAAAAAAUAAAGUGGAAAAUCCGCUGGUUGCCCUUUGGUGAUGUUUAAUCUCCAUCAGCCUUGAUAUUACACAUGAACUCAGUGACUGCACACCUUUAGUUUUUUCCUCAACAGCCCAUUCACAUCAGGCACAUCAAUCUAAUUAUUUAUUAUAAUUUAUUAUUCCUGCCCUUAAUUGUUUCUCAAGUAUCUUGGUUUUGACAAUGAAUUAUAUAAUAACACUACCUUUGUUUUAAUUACCAAUACAAAUACUGUCAUCAUGAAACCAAGAUAUUCAGGCUUAUGUGUAUCAAUAACCAGAAUGCAGUGAUUCAGGUGUGGGACACUGGAGCCCAUUUGCGUGGCUACUAUAUACCUAGGAAAGAGUGGGUAUAGACUUUAUCUCUCUGUGUCCUGUUUUUCCCACUUUUAAAAUGGAGAUUACACACCUCCCUACCUCACAGGAUAUCCCAAGGCUUAUAUGGAUUAUGUCUGUAAUCUACUCACACCAGUGCAUGGAUCAUAGCAAGAGACUUCUAAGCAAAUAUUAUUACGGUUAUAUUGAAUUAUAUUAAUAUUAUGCCUCACACUGAAUUAAGUUAUACAUACAUGAUGGAGUGCUUAGUCAAGACCGGUGAGGUUGAAAGCCAGAGAGUAAGAGAUUGAGAAGUAAUGCAAAAUGUAAAAACAGAGGCAAAAAUGUGGACUUGAGAGAAAUGAGAAUGAGAGUUUCAUGGAGAGGCUAUUCAGUAACUUUUGUCUUGACUUCUUCUCCACAGUAUAGUGUAUAAAUAGUUUUAAACUGAGGGGUUAAAUGAAGCAUCAAAGCACAACUUUAUGUCUUUUAGCAGUUCAUUCAUACACUCAGCAGAACCUAACAAGGUGAUGAGAAAGUGAAACAAAGCAAACAGGUUGUAAAUAACAGUGUUAUUUACAGAAGAAGUAACAUAAGAUACAGGAAGAGAAGCUUCAACUAGAACCACAAAACUACACAUGUGGGUGUCUUAUGAGUCAAAACCCCAUUUACCCUUAUACUGAAUGAUCAAACAUUAGAAAGCAAAAGAAAAAUAAUUUUAGAGAGAAUUGAAAUGCCUAGUUUGGGUCCUGGUUUGAAGCAUUAUCUUAGGAUUUUAAUAAUUCCCAAACUUUAAAGCAAAGGAAUGAAACUAAGGUUAAUAUUUCUUUAAAACUUUGCUUAUGAAUUGAAGGAAAACAUUUGGCAGAAUUAAAAAUUAGCUAAAAUAUAUGAAAUGAAAAAUAAAAUUUAUAUAAUAAGAAAUGUACAAUCCAGGAUAAGACCUAAAAACAUUAAAUUCAUUAUAAAUCAAUUUUAGGAGUUUUGCUAAAGGAAAAGUUAGGCUGUAAUUCAAAAACUAAAGUUUAUAAUUAAUUUCACUUGUCAUUAUGUAUAAAUAGACUGGGGAGCUCAGCUCACCGUAAAAUUGGAAAUGCAGUCCUCGGAUCAACAAGUAAAACUCAUGGGUGCUGGAUGAGUCAAAUAUACAAGAGAGUGCUCAUCAUUGGAUGAUGGUGUCAUUAAGUCUGCACUUCAAAUCUCUCUGACACUUACACAGAGGGUUGGCAAAAUCCAGGAGUCACUGAUGGGAAACCACACUGCAAUAACAACAUUCAUCCUUCUGGGACUGACAGAAGAUCCUCAGCUGCAGCUCUUGCUUUUCCUUUUUCUAUUUCUCACCUACAUAUUGUGUGUAACUGGAAAUCUGGCCAUCAUUAUCCUCACCCUGCUGGAUCCCCACCUUAAAACCCCCAUGUAUUUUUUCCUCCAAAAUUUCUCUUUCCUAGAAAUCUCAUUUACAACUGCCUGUAUUCCAAGAUUCCUAUACAAUAUAUCAACUGGGGACAGAACAAUUACCUAUAACGCAUGUUUCAUUCAAUUAUUUUUUACAGACCUCUUUGGGAUAACCGAAUUCUUUCUCUUGGCAACCAUGGCAUAUGAUCGCUAUGUGGCCAUCUGUAAACCCCUGCAUUAUAUGACAAUCAUGAGCAACACACUCUGCAAAACAAUGGUUGUCUGCUGUUGGGGGGCAGCACUUCUGAUUAUCCUCCCUCCACUCAGCUUAGAUUUUCAACUGGAAUUCUGUGAUUCUAAUGUCAUUGAUCAUUUUGCCUGUGAUGUGUCUCCCCUCCUAAAGAUCUCAUGCUCAGACACCUGGUUAAUUGAGCAGAUGGUUAUGGCCUGCGCUGUGCUGACUCUCAUCAUCACCCUUGUAGGUGUAGUUCUCUCCUACAUAAAUAUCAUCAGGACGAUUCUAAAAUUCCCUUCUGCCCAACAAAGAAAAAAAGCUUUUUCCACCUGUUCUUCCCACAUGAUUGUCGUUUCCAUCACCUAUGGCAGCUGCAUCUUCAUCUACAUCAAACCAUCUGCCAAAGAAGAGGUAAAUCUCAAUAAAGGAGUGGCAUUGCUUAUUUCUUCCAUAUCACCAAUGCUGAAUCCUUUUAUAUAUACUCUGAGGAAUAAGCAAGUUAAACAAGCCUUUCAGGAAUCACUCAAAAAAACUGUAUUUCUUUUAAGAAAGUAAAGGGUAUCUCUUGAUAAACCAACUCAGAUGACACAUUUCUAACCUUAUUUUUUUCAUAAAGCUAACAACCAAGAGUGUAAUUUUGUAACUUAUAGAUCAAUCAGGAUGACCUCACUGGCAUUUACUCAUUCAUUUUCCCUUCAAUUAAUAUACUGAAGUACUAACUAUUGAUAAUUGCUCUGUGAGGAACAAAAUAUAUCAUUUUUAAACUUUUACCCAGAACCUAUUAAGUCAUUCCUUUUUCUUCUUUUAGAUUUUUUUCCCAAAUAUUUUAUAAUAUUGGUGUAGGGACAUCAUCCUUUUAUAAUUAAUUAUCACUGACAUAAAAUUUUAUAUUAGUUUCAGGCACACAACCUAGUGAUUCAAUAUUUUUAUAUCACCACAGUAAGUCUAGUUAUCAUCCAUCUGUUGAGCCUCCAGAUGUCAACAUACUAAUUAGGGGAAAUUCUUAGCAAUGUGACACCUAUAUAGUCGACAUCUUAGAUGAAAUGGGAAAAUUCUUUGAAAGAUACAAAUUACAAACUUCACACAAAAAGAAGAACAUCUGGAUGCAUCUUUCUAUUUUACAAACUUAAUUAAUACUUCAAAAUCUUCUCACAAGAAAUCUCCAAAACCAUGUGGCCUCAAUGCUGAAUACUAUCAAAGGGAUAAACAAUCCAAUCUAUGAAAAUUCUUUAAAAAUGCAUGAAGAAGGAAUACUUUCUCACUCAUUUUAAAAAAUUCACCCAAAUCUGAUAAUAACCAGAAAAAGCAAUUACAUUGUUAAGUGUAGACCACCACCCCUCAUGAUCACAGAUGCAAACAUCCUUAACAAUUUACUUUCAAACUCAACAAUAACAACCAAUAAAAUAUGGUAAAGAAUAUUUAGUAGACACUCCAUUAAGGAAGUUACAUGAAUAGCCAAUAGGCACAUGGAACAAGCUCAAUAACAUCAUUCAUCAGGAAAUUCCAAGUAUAACUAAAGAAUAAAUGUGAGCCACACAUUUAUUCAAAUGGCUACAAUCAGACUACAGGCUGACAAUAUGUGUCACAAUAAGGACAGAGCAACUGGAACCAUCAUGCAGUGACGGUGGACAUACAUGAACUGAUACAACCAGAUGGGAAAAUAUUCUGGCAGAUUCAUAUGAAGUUAAACCUAGUUAUCAUAUGUCUUAGCAAAUGCUCUCCUAGUUUUUUACCUAAGAAAAAUGAAAACAGACAUCCCCUAAAAUUAUAUCAAUGAAUGUUUGUAUCACCUGGAUUCAUUCCGCUUGAAAGUGUAAACAUC